CGACAGAUCCUUGGCUGCUCACAGACUCCUGGGUUAGAGAGGGGUCACACGGCAGGAGGGAGCUUGGAGGAGAGAGAGGAGCCAUCCUUUAUAACAGGUAGCCCAGCUUGGCCAGUACAUACAGACUCACCCAGUGACAGCAUGUUAGCUCUGUGAAGUCACCCACUCAGGGCUAUUGACUAAACUGCCAGGUGUAGCUGAAAUGGUCAUGGAGGCUGGAGUAAACCUUUAAAUACCAAUGGCCAAAAAUAAACAGCAAAUAGCUAGUGUGGAAAAAAUACCCAGUUCCACUAUAAUCACCGCUUGGCUGUUUGUGCCUCAGUUUUGCUGGUUGUUGCCGUUGUUUAGUGAAUAAAAUAACCCUGACUAUGACACAUAGAGGUUUACAUGUGAAAAUGGCGACACAUUUAGUAUUUUUUUUUUACGUAUGUGUAAAAAGAUUGCUGCCAGAAAUACGUCACGACGUGAUAAAGCAGCGGGAUGUAAUCAUUAUUUUAUUUAUUGCAGAUUAUAUAUAACAGUUGGCACACAAAUGUGGAUGAAAUCGAUUGAAAAUGCACGUGUAGGGACAUGAUCAUAUGUCAUAAACCCCUGUCCUGUUGGAGUUUAUGGGAUAAGUAGUUUCCUGCAGUGCGAGCAUCGUACAUACAGUAUGAUUGGAACUGCUCUAUAACUAGCAGCCAUACCACAGCCUGUGCAAACUCAAAUAGGAGGCCAACAACGUAUACCCUUAAUGGAAGCGAAUUCGGAAUAACAACACAUGAAAAGGACUUGGGAAUGGUUAUAGACAUCAAACUAUGCAACAAUGUGCAAUGUCAAUCAGUAUAGGCUAAGGCCAGUAAGGUAUUGUCAUGCAUGAAAAAGUGCAUUAAAGGACCAUUAUAGGCACCCAGACCACUUCAGCUCAAUGAAGUGGUCUGGGUGCCAGGUCCAUCUAGGAUUAACCCUGCCUGCUGUCUGCUAUGUUUAAAAAUCAGUUAAUCCAGCCUCUAGUGACUGUCUCAUUGACAGCCGCUAGAGACGCUUCCACGCUUCUCACUGUGAUUUUCACAGUGAGAAGACGCCAGCGCCCAUAGGAAAGCAUUGAGAAUGCUUUCCUAUGGACUGGCUGAAUGUGUGCGCGGCUUUUGCCGCGCAUGCGCAUUCAGCCAAUGACGAAGGAGGAGGAGAGAGCACGGCACUGGAGAAAGGCGAGUGUUUAACCCCCUUCCUCCCCCUUCAGCCUGGCAGGAGUGGGACCCUGAAGGUGGGGGCACCCUCAGGGCACUAUAGUGCCAGGGAAACGAGUUUGUUUUCCUGGCACUAUAGUGGUCCUUUAAUUCUCGGGAUGAGCCUAUCAUUUUGCCUCUUUAUAAAUCGCUGGUAAGACCACAUAUUGAAUAUGCUGUGCAGUUUUGGGCACCUGUUCUAAAAAAGGAUAUUAUGUCACUAGAAAAAGUGCAGAGGCAGGCUACAAAAUUAAUAAUAGGAAUCGAAUAUAUCAGCCAAGAGGAAAGGUUAACAAAUUGAAACCUCUUUAGUUUAGAAAAAUGUCGCCUGAGAGGGGAUAUAACAUUAUAUAAAUCAAUGUGUGGAAAUCUAUUCACAAACCAGACUUUACAUAGAACACGAGGUCAUGCGUUUAGACUGCAAGAAAGAAGAUUUUGUCUAAGGCAAAGAAAAGUGUUUUGUUUUGUUUUUUGUUUGUUUUUUACUGUAAACAAUAAGGAUGUGGUUUUAUCACAUCCUUAUUGUUGAAACAGCAACUAGAUGCAAAACAUAGUAUUCAAGGAUAUAAUCUUUCAAUGUAGUGUAAUACCUUCUUGAUCCAAGGAUAAAUCUGACUGCCAUUCUGGGGUCAAGAAGGAAUUUUUUUUUUAGUUAUUGCAAAAUUGGAAGUGCUUCAAACCGGGUUCUUUUUUAUUUUUUUUGCCUUCUUUUGGAUCAACAGCAGAAAACAAAUUUUGAGGAAGGUUAAACUGGAUGGACACAAGUCUCUUUUCAGCUAUGUUACUAUGUAGACUUUCUUAUGGUACACUUUUUUUUUGCAAAUUGGGACAAAUUUGAUAUACGACCACAUAGAACUAAAUUUUCCACGCUGUGUUAUAACAGCAGCGAUAUUUAUGAAUCCCUGUUGCGAUAAGCCUCUCUUACGUGUGUAAGCUCAGGGUGCUGCAAAGUGCUUAUGGUGCCAUGAGGACUAGGAAUUUUGUUCUGGCGCCUGAGUAUUAGCCCGGUUAGCACUGGCCGCUUUCAUUGUAUCUAUAUGCAGGCAAGUAUUUAAAAUAUUUUGUUAGAAUAAUUCACAUAUUUAGGUGAUACUGUUGAUGGUUAAAAGUAUUCUAUGUAAUUUUUACAUUAGACAAACACACUCAAGGUUAUUUACUAAAGUGAGAAUUGUAAGGAAUGCAAAAUGAAUUAAAGAUUUUUGGUAUGAGCUAAUUUUUUUUAUAGGACAUGCAUUCAUUCAUAGUGCUCGCUUCAUCAGCUUUUAUGGCACUGGUUUCUUUCAACUAACCAAUAAUUUUGCACGAAGCAGCUUGCACUCGUACUCUAGGCAGGAAGUGAAACAAACAUUAUCUGUUCCUUCUGACAAUAAGUCUACAAUGUCUAACAUGCAUUUUUAAAAACAUUUUUUUUUAAAGGAAAUGUAUACGGAAACACUGACCCCUAUUUUGUCAUACAUUUAGAGAGAUAAAAUAAUAAUAAAAAAAAAAAAACCUUGGAGCUGCCAAUUCGGCACAGGAACUAAAAAUAUGUAUAAUAAAUUGAGCGCUUGUUGUUAAUGUUAUUUUGUUUUUUAGAAAAUAAACAUGUUCCUGACCAAUCUACUUCUUCGAAAAGGAAUUCCUGGCCGUCAGUGGAUUGGAAAAUACAGGCGACCCAGGCAGGUUACAUGGCAGAUGAAAAGAGGAGUGAUUAGGCGUCUGGAGACAGAAGCAGAAAAUGAAUACUGGAUAAGCCGGCCAUAUAUGACCAAAGAGCAGGAGUACAAUCAUGCGAAAGAGAGAAGACUUGCAACGUUUGAGGCCGUUAGGAAUGCGCAGGUGGCCAAUUUCCCUGAACACAAAUAUUUAGACGAACACUUAAAUCAUUUGAAUGUGACCAAAAAAUGGAGUACUACCUAAUUUCUCUUGUAAGGGAAUAAAUAAAAUAAUAAACAGAAAUUAUUUAGCAUUUUUAGAUUUCUCAAUUCAUUUUUCCUGUCAUCCUAAGUGUUAAUUCUCAAAAAAAUAAAGGC